AUGAGCAAUGAGCUGUACACGGUCGAAUCGAUUUUGGAGCAUCGAAAGCGAAAGGUAACGAUUUUCAUUUUCGUUCUCACAUUUCGAAAUGUCUCGAAAAAACGCGUUCACACCCACAAGUAAUAAUAAAUUGGCACGACGCCAGGCACGAGAUCGAUAGCACACGCGGAGACGCAGAGUAGAGAGAGAGAACGAGAAAAAAGCGCUCUUUUGGCGCAGCCGAUCUGUUCACGGCCACUCUGACGCAAAAAGAGCGUGGGGAACCUUAGAGACGCAGAAAACUCGCAUUUGCAUACAAAUAAUCAUCAUUUUGUUGCAGGGAAAGAGCGAGUUCUACAUCAAAUGGCUCGGAUACGAUCAUACGUGAGUUGGCGGGAAUGGGACUAGAUCAUUUAUUGAAGUGAAAUUAUUGAAUCAUUGAAUAUUACUUUACACGAAGUUUCUCUAAUUUAUCCCUAAUGAUAUAUGCCCAUAAGCAUUCGCAAAAGGCAAUACGCUGCAAAGCUUGCCAAAACUCUUCUUGAGACUUUUUGACAUCUAUUUAAAAAGUGCUGACGGCUGAACUUUGAGCCCGGCCCAAACUUGCAGACUCUUUGGACUUUGAUUUGAGUAUUUCGGGUCCAAGUUUCAGACCAAUCGGAUUGUUUACUCUGGAGAUAUAGGCCAAGAGUUCAAACCUUUUUCUCAUAAUCAAAAAAACCCCAAAUGCUUACUAUUAGGGAGAAAUUACGGUUGAAUACGACAAAAAAAUGAAAUCUGAUUCAGCUAGACCUUGAAAUUUGAUAUUUGCAUAUGAAUCAAGGCAAAAUUCUUAGACAGUGACUUUAAACACACUAGAGUUUUAAAAGUUUCUGAAACGACCGUCUUUCGAAGGAUCUUCCUUACCUUUUUGUUCAAAUUGUGCCUGAGAAUCAGAUUUUUGAAAAAAAAGUAUUGUUUAGCAAAACAUUAUUGGCUGGGCUUCAAAUUUUCCUGCUUGGCGCUGAAAACGCACUGAAAGUCGCAUUUUCAGGCACAACAGCUGGGAACCGAAGGAGAACAUUGUCGAUCCGACUCUGAUAGAAAGCUUUUUCCGCCGCGAAGAGCAGCGGAAAGCGGAAAUCAAAGCGAAGAAGGAUAAGCUGAAAGCGGCCGCUUCCUCUUCCUCGUCUUCAGCUUCGGGCGCCACCCCGAGGCCGCCAGGACGUCCUCCAAAAGGAGGACGCGGACGGAAGGCAAAGUCGCCUCCGAAGCGGCAAAGAUUGGCGGGCGGAGACAUCCGUCCGGACAGCGAUAGCGACGAGGAGCCGGUGGUUGCGGCGAAGAAACAGAAGGAGGAGAAGGAGGUAGAGAAGCCGAUCGAGGAGGGAAUCGAAGAGGAAGAGGAAGAAGAAGAGGAGGACUCGCAGCCGGUGAUCAAGAAGAAGAAGACGGUGGCCGAGGAGCCGGAGGACGAGGAGGAAGAGCAAGAAGAAGAAGAGGAAGAAGCGCCGGCGGUGGACAAAGUCGAAGAGCAGGAGAUCCUAGAGAUCAAGCAGGAUGAGGUGGUCGAGGAGGAGGAGGAACAAGAAGACGGAGUCGAGGAGGAGAGAGAGAUUACUCCGCCGGCCGCUGCUUCUUCUGCUCAGAACGACUCGGUAAGACACUACUAAACUAGGAACAGCCUCACGCCAAUCAAUCGAUAAUUUCGAGCACACGGUUUACAGAGCUUGUAGUGGCGCUUUCAUGAUUUUUGUGGACAAAAGUAGGUCUGGACUUUUGAACUAAUUGCAAUGUUCAGAUCGGACCCAAACAUUGCCGGCUUUUCGGACUUGGUGUGAAGUCUAUUGGAUCCAAGUUUCAGGCCGAUCCGAUCAUCUGGUCUCAAGAUAUAGCCGAAAGCGCGGGCUUGAUCAGUCUGAAACUUGGACCCAAUAUACUUCAAUCCAAGUCAGAAAAUCCUGUAAAAUAUGGAUUCGAUUUGUGAGCUCUGAAGACCGUGAGCAAAUUGUCGAUAGAGCGCGCUUUCAAAUAGCGGGGAGGUGGAGGAAAACUGUUUAAACUUUUUACAGUUCGUCGGUAAAAUAUAUAAUUGGUUCAGGAGGUCGAAAUAAUCGAGCUUCCCGUCGAUAACAGCGCUUCGCAGGCGGCUGAGGCGCCCGUCGAACAACAUCGUCUCAGCGGACAAAACGACGAGGAGCCGAUUGUUCUGGAUUGA